GUUAGUAGGUAUUUAUUAUGUCUAUUUUUGUAUUUUUAACGAGUAGUAGGUACGUGGUAUAAAAACGAUAGUAUCAAGUGUCUAUAGUCAGUGGGUAGAUUAGAUUCGCAUUAGUUCUAGAACAUUCAUCGCGUGUGUGUUAUAGUUUUGUAUGUUUAAUUUUCAUAUAACGAACAUUUGUUUAAUUUUUGUCACUCUAUCAAUAUGCUAAAAGAAAAAUCGACAAAAACUUAUCGUUUGCGUAAUUUUGUAAUCGAGUUUGGUGAAUCUGUAUUUUCAACUGAUAAUCUUAUUUUAUUUUGUAAAAUCUGUAACGUGAAAGUAGCAAGCAAAAAACGUUUUAGUAUCAUACAACACCUAAAAACUGAAAAACACAUCAGAAGUGCAGCACGUUUAGAAAACAAUAAAACAAAUAAUGUGCAACAAUUGGUUACAAAUCAAAAAUCAAAACUAUCGGAAUUCAAUUCAGAUUUAUAAAAAUAUAUGCAAAGAGAUAUACCUGACGAAUCGACACUUCGAAAAUAUUAUGUAAACGAUUGUUACAAUCAGACAAUCAGACAAUGGAUAAAAUAAGGGUCACUGUCCAGGAUAAAAAAAUAUGGGUGUCAAUUGAUGAGACUACCAACAGCAAUGGAAGGUAUGUAGCUAAUGUAAUAAUUGGUACACUAGAAAUUGAUUGUCCUGGAGAAAUUAUGUUGUUGACAUCUGAGGUGUUGGAAAAAGUUAAUCACUCGACAAGAGCAAAGUUAUUUGAUAAAUCAAUAGCUUUAUUAUGGCCCAACGGUGUUCAGCAUAACGAUGUUUUACUUUUUGUUAGUGACGCAGCACCAUAUAUGGUUAAAUCGGCAUCUGUAAUAAAAGUUUUUUUAUUCUAAAAUGGUCCACAUUACAUGUUUGGCUCAUGGUCUUUACAGGGUUGCAGAGGAGGUUUGUAACAUGUUUCCAAAAGUAGACAAACUAAUUUCAAAUGUUAAAAAAAACUUUUUUAAAAGCACCAUAUCGAGUCCAAAUUUUUAAAAACGAAGCUCCUGAAGUAAUGCUCCCCCUGAACCUAUAAUUACUCGUUGAGAGACGUGGUUAGAUGCAACAGACUAUUAUUGUAAACAUAUACAAAGCAUUCCAAAUGUUUUUAUGAAGUUGGAUGACGAUUCAGCUUCUAUAUUAAAAGUAAAAAAUAUUUUGGAUGACAAUUAGACGCAAACGUGAUUUGUAUUACAGCCAAGUUUGGAAUUAUAUCUAAAUCGAUUACCCAGCUUGAAAAACGUGGAUUAAAACUAGUCGAUUAAAUUAACAUUGUAAACAGAAUGAUAGACGAUAUGAACAUAAUUGAUACACACUCGAAGAGUAUAAAAUCAGUAGUGGAAAAACUUAAAAAAGUAAUAGAAAAAAACAAAGGUUUCAAUACGCUUCGUAUAAUUUCAAAUAUUUUAAAUGACACUGAGGAAAACAUUGAUGAAUUAGGAGAUUUGAAUGCUAGUGAAAUGGUUUACUUCAAAUAUGCACCGAUCACGUCAAUGGACGUCGAACGAAGUUUUUCGCGAUAUAAGAACUUGCUGACAAAUAAAAGACGUUCUCUGCUAUUUGAAAAUAUCAAAGAAAUGUUAAUAAUUCAGUGCAAUUCUAAUUUAGGUAAGGUAAAUAUUUGAGAAUAAUUCAACAAUUAUUUUAACAUACCUUUUUUGUGCAAAAUAAUA